CUCCAGGAUUCCAAGGGCUUACAACUGUACUGUGUUUUCUCUAGGUUUCGUUUUCCUCAUUUCACGCUAUAUAAACCCAUUUCCUGCGCGGGGAAAGUUCUCGUUUCCGUAGUUUCAGUGUUCAGAGAGAGAGAGAGAAUGGGGAAUCGGCGAUUUGUUGCAAGAAGCGAUAGCGACGAGGAAGUAGUAGACAAGAAAUCUGAAAAUGAAAAGAGGAAAAAGAGAAAGAUCGCUGAAGAGGUAGAGGAAGAAUGGGAGAGCGAUAAAAAUGAAGAUAUGGAAGAAGACGAUGAUGAAGGUGAAGCUGAAGAAGAAGCACCAAAGCCUGUUGGUGAUGUAAUCAAAGUUUCUGGCAAAGGAAAAUCGAGAAGAAAUCAUUACAAAGCUUUUGAUUAUGAUGGAAAUUCUUUCAAACUUGAGGAUCCAGUUCUUUUAACUCCAGAGGAUACAGGUCAAAAGCCUUAUGUUGCAAUCAUCAAGGAAAUAACACAAGACAAAGAGGGGUCGAUGAUGGUUACUGGACAGUGGUUCUACCGGCCAGAGGAAGCAGAAAAAAAAGGUGGUGGAAACUGGGAAAAGAAAGAUACUAGGGAGCUGUUUUACAGUUUCCAUCGUGAUGAGGUACCAGCUGAGUCAGUUAUGCACAAGUGCGUUGUGCAUUUUGUACCCUUGCAUAAGCAGCUUCCUCGUCGAUCAGAGCACCCUGGAUUUAUUGUACAAAAGGUUUAUGACACUGUGGAGAGAAAACUCUGGAGACUAACUGACAAAGACUAUGAAGAUGGAAAACAACAUGAAAUUGAUCUUCUUGUGCAAAAAACUCGAGAAUGUCUAGGAGAACUUCCUAAUAUUGAGACUGAAGAGGCCUUGGCGGAUCUCGAGUACCAACAGAAGAAUAAACGGCACUUUAGAAAGAAACUCAUACCUCCUAUUGAUGUUUCAAGGGAAGAUGAUCCAAUGACAAGAACUGACCAACUAGCUGUUGAAACUCCGGGAAGCUGCACAGGUGUUGCUUCAGACUCAGAGUACUUUAAGAUUUUAGGGAAUAAUCUGACGGGUGAUACCGUUCGUGACAAAUGGUUAGAGAAGCUUCUUCAAGGUAUUGAAUAUGUUUGUAAUUCAAAGGACUGUGCGAAAGAUGAACACAAAGAAAAAUGUAGCGCUGCAUCUCUUGAGAAGAAGACCGCCCUCUGGCCGGAUGCUGCUGUUACAGCCAUAGUUGCUCUUGAGCAGGCCUCUCACGACGCUUUCAGCGGCGAUUUUCAAAAAUAUAAUCAGAAAAUGCGCCAGUUGCAUUACAAUCUCAAGAACAAUGAAAGAUUAGCGAAACGUUUGGUAAACCGAGAGUUGGAAGCUUCUGUGAUUUUGAACAUGUCUCCGAAUGAGUUGAAGGAUGGUCUGACAACAGAGGAAGCUGCGCCCAAAGAACCUGAGCAGUCGGAGCGCAUGCAGAUGACGGAUGCUCGAUGCGCAAGAUGCAUGGAGAAAAAAGUGGGUCUUACAGACAUCAUCCAAGCAGGACGUGGAGAUCGUUAUCAGUUGGAAUGUCUUGCAUGUGGUAACACAUGGUAUGCGUCACGAGACGAGGCUUCUGAACUGACAAUAGAAGCGCCGAAUGUUGUGACAAACGUAGGCACAGCACCAUUGGCCACUGCCAAGUUUGAAGAUGUUGAGAAGAAGCUGCUCAGUCCUCGUGAAACCGAGAAGAAGCUGCUCAGUCCUCGUGAAACCGAGAAGAAGCUGCUCAGUCCUCGUGAAACCGAAAAGAAGCUGCUCAGUCCUCGUGAAACUGAGAAAACCAGCUAGUGCUACUGCUGAUGCGCUGAAGAACAAAUUUGAAUGCCUGUCAGAACGAAGCAGAAACAAUUAAGCAAGUUUGGACCAGGAGAUCUCAGUGGCGGUCUAACCACAUGGAACAAUGGUGUGUAGAGAACAUAGUAAUUAGCGUGGUAGAUGUUGUUUGUAGUAGCAGUAGUUCAGGAGAAAUAAGUAGAAAGUAGUCUACCUUAGGAUGAUAGUGUACAGUUACAGGUAGCUGCCUCCUACCUUUUGAAAAUCACCUUGCUAACACUUGGGCUUUCUUUUUUCCUAUUAAAAAGAAAAGAGGGUAAUCUGGUUCUUAAGUAAAGAUAGAUUUGUAUGAACCUCACAUGUAGUUCUGUUAAUUUCUGCAUAUUUCUUUGUUUUUCUAUUCUAAUUGAGCAAUUUGAGCC